UCUUGACAGUUGUGUUAAAUUAUCUUAACCGUUAUAAUCUAUUGAAACGGAAUCAUUUUUUCAAUUGUUCAAUCAGUUCUUAUCGAUAUGCUCAGUGCAACGGCACAGCCAGACGAUAUACAGAUACGUUUGAUAAAAUCAGAAGAUGGUCAACGAGUUUUAAACUUUUUACGAGCAUACUUUUAUCCUGAAGAUCCAGUAACUUUGGGUAUUGAGCCCAAAAGGCAAGAUGCCGCCGAUGAGGAGUACAACAUAGGCAUGAUUGAACACGGCAUCUCUCUAAUGGCUGUUCGGUCUGCCUCACAAAAUUCAAAAGAAUCAAGCGGCGAGGAUCGCAUUGUGGGUGUUAUAAUAGUCGGCCCAAAGGAUGCCACAGAAGCUGAUCACUUGUACGAUGCUGCUCGCAAAGAAGGAUAUACGAAGUGGGGCCGUAUUUUACAGCUACUAGAGCGCAUCGAACGUGAUGCCAAUGUAUGUGAGCGUUACAAAAUUCAAAAAGUUCUACACAUACACGCUUUAAGUGUUAACGUUAACAUGCGUGGUAGAAACAUAGGAGCUCGUAUGAUUAAAGAGUUGAUAGGAUUGGCUAAGCAUGUAAAAUACGAGGCAAUAACUAGUGAUUGUUCGAGUUUUUAUGCUAUCAAAUUAAUGGAACGUUUAAAUUUUGAAUGCAUUAACGCCCUCUACUACAACGAAUAUGUUGAUGAAAAUCAUAAACCGAUAUUUCAAAGUGAACCGCCGCAUACAUGUAUUAAAACCUAUAUCUACAUAUUGCAAAGAUUCGAAGACCAUUAACUAUCGAAAUCAAAAAAAAAAAAAAAAAA